UUAUUUGCGAAUAGAUCUAUCGAUAGUCUUUGCCAGCCCUGACUUAUGGUUCAGUGUGAUUGCGAUUUGACAAGCUCUUUCCGUUUCCUUUUCGCGUGAACGUCCAACAUGAGAGCCAAGGGAUUGCUGAAGGAAUACGAGGUCGUGGGCCGCAAGCUGCCCAGCGAGAAGGAGCCCCAGACGCCUCUCUACAAGAUGCGCAUCUUCGCCCCCGACAACAUUGUCGCCAAAUCCCGCUUUUGGUACUUUUUGCGUCAGCUGAAGAAGUUCAAGAAGACCACCGGCGAAAUUGUGUCCAUCAAGCAGGUGUACGAGACCUCGCCCAUUAAGAUCAAGAACUUCGGCAUCUGGCUGCGCUACGAUUCCCGUUCGGGCACACACAACAUGUACCGCGAGUACCGUGACCUGACUGUUGGCGGUGCCGUAACUCAGUGCUACCGCGACAUGGGUGCCCGUCAUCGUGCUCGUGCUCACUCCAUCCAGAUCAUCAAGGUGGAGUCGAUCGCUGCCGCCAAGACGCGCCGUGUGCACGUCAAGCAGUUCCACGAUUCCAAGAUCAAGUUCCCACUGGUACAGCGUGUCCAUCACAAGGGCAACAGGAAGCUGUUCUCGUUCAGAAAGCCAAGGACUUACUUCCAGUAAAACGGAGGAUAUCCCCAGCCGAAUGGAGCCCACUGCGUGUGCUCCUAAAAUUGACUUAGUGGUUUUUUUCAAUAAAAUGAGAACGUUGAAGAGUAACAUA